AUGUCUUCUGGAGCGGGACCGCCGACUACAGUUCAUCCGGCUCCGAUAGCCGAGCGGACGAAGGCCAUCCUUGGUGUGUUCAACACCAUCCUCGAUACAAACUCUGCCGGCGAAGAGAAGCUGAGCCCUGUAGUGGAUAACCUCUCUCGCUUCAGGAUUUGGGCCGGUAAUAUCGGCGCCUAUCAUGUUGACUUGCGAUCUGUGGAUGCCCGACUCCGGGAUGCCCCAGAAGUGGCUCAAAGAGUCCUCGACUUGCUCGCUGAACUGGCCGAAGUGAACGAAGACAUCCGUGCCAUCACCUCCGGUGAGCGACGGGACGCGGCAGAUGAAGAUUUCAGUGAUGAUGAGAUCGAACAAGACACAGAGUCCGUCACCGAGCUCACCCAGCUAUGUCUGUCUGCGUCGGACACUAUCACCAGCCUCCUCAAGGAUCACAAGUUCCUGGAGCAGUUCGAUAUACAACACGUGGCUGCGAAAUUUCCCAAAGUCGAGGCUCGGCCGUGGCUGCGUGAUCGCCUCGGAAGAGCAAAUGUCCAGCGCCGGCAAUACCUUCGAUAUGCUCGGAAACAUCAUGAUAGACUGGCUCGUGGUCCUGAACUAGCGGACGAGAUCACGUUCGCGCAACCCAAACAGGAGAGUGUUUUGAAGAUGGCGAUGGCUCGGUCAAAGACUGCCGCCUCCAGCCAUCCUACGCUGGCUCCGACGAAAGCCUCUACUUUUGAUCACGAACGCUUGCCACAUCUCACAGCACAGAUUGAGCAGAUUGGACAUUUGGAUGACCGCGUGUCGCGAACCACUUCCGUUGUGACAUCAAGCGGCCACGAGGACGGAGCGAUCGACGUUGUUCGGCUGAGUGAGUUGGCCAAAGACGGGAAGCCGUUUGAAUGUCCAUACUGCUGGACUAUAAUCCAGACCAGGCGCCAGAAGUCGUGGAGGACACACGUGAUGCGAGAUAUCAGGGCCUGGACAUGUACUUUUGAGGAUUGCAGCUCUGGGUUGUUUGAGGACCGUGACUCUUGGUUCCAGCACGAACUCGAGCAACACCGACGGCAAUGGAUAUGCCAUGAAUGUCCGAACACCGUGUUCACUUCUGGGCAGGCCAUCGAGGCGCAUGUCCAGGCUGUACAUCCUACGCUUCCGGCCGAGGUGAUUCCGACAAUCAUUGACUCCAGCUCUCGUCCUGCGACCGAGGUCGAAGCGUCAGCAUGUCCCUUAUGCGACGAGUGGCAGGAAGGCCUUAUUGCGAAAGCGACGGAGCUAGCUUUGUCGACCACUCAUGUAGUGGUAUCUCUGCACGACUUCCGACGCCACCUUGGCCACCAUUUGGAACAACUGGCCCUUUUCGCAAUUCCCCCGAAUGUGGAAAACGCCAUGGCAUCUGGAUCAGACAACAAUCGGCAUGGCAAAUCGUUCACAGGAGACGCGAAGGAAAUCACAGCCUGGAGUAAGAAGAUCGACCCCAUUGAGCCGCAGGACGAAAAUGUCCCCGGUGUUGCAUUGGCACUGCAAGAUCACGAACCAUUGUACGAACGUGAUGAACUACGACUCACGAAGGCACAGAGGGCCAUUGUAUCUAACAGACACGACAAAGGCUGGUUGUUUGCCAAUGAGCCCGAGACUGGCGAAUACGCUCUUCUUCCAGAGGUGCGAGACUCGGAUUCGAGAGGCAAGCCUGCUCGCAGUAAAAUGCCAGCCCAUGCAGUCUCUGUGGAAGAGGACUACCACCGUCGCAUGGAGCAAAUUCAACGAGAACUGGGUAUAGCGCCCGCUCCUCAGCGCGCGGGGGAUGUUGAUUCAGAUCGUGAACGUCGACGCAGACAACGAGAACAACGGCAGCGCGAACGUGAGCUCCGCAAUGGUGGCUCGCACGCGCCUUGA